AUGAAUGGAUUACUCCGCGAGCACGAUCCACAUACAGGGGCUCUCGAACAAAACUAUGGUCGUGGCUGGAUGACGUGGCUGCCACUAGGAUGCCGAGUUGGCACAAGUAUAAAGCUUAGGAGCGGCUGUUGCUCGGAGAGGUAUGCCGAUGAUCUUACUCGCCGGAAGCUCCUCUCUUUCUCUUUCGGAAGGGAAUCCGAGAGAGAAAGAGAGGAGCGACGUAGAAUCUCCGCGAUUUCUUUCGAUCUGACUCACAUUCUAAGCGCUUGUGUAGGCGUGGAGCGAUCGAUCGUCGUUGCUGUCGCACAGAUUUCUUCGCCGAGGCUUGACGCGGCGCUAGCGAUUGUUGCGACUGUUGCGCAGAUUUCUUCGCAGAGGUUUGAUUCUGGAGCUGGCGAUUAUUGGCACUGUUCCCGGAUAUCUUCGCAGGGGCUGCUAGCGAUAAUUGUCGAUUGUUUCACGUGUUCUCUGGAGAGCUGUCUAGAUGUCAACGGUACGUUUGAUUCUACCAUCGGACGUCGAGAGGAAGAAGCUUACGAACCUCGAUACGGACCAAGCUCGACACAACGGCGUAGAAAUACCGGAGAAGCACAGCCUCCGUGGCUCUCGAGCUUGCUGGAAGCGCUGCAAGACUCCGAUCCUGCGAUUGAAAACGACGACCUCCUUGUCAUCACAGGAAACGGCAGCGUAAGGAUGCACCAGGCAGCGCUUAUGGAGCAAAUGAGGCAGUCGGUUUCGUCGGGACUGAUAGGGAGCCUCUCGACCGUGAAAAGCAGGCCCUCCGAAGAUGGAAAGUGGCCCACGCAGGACCGAUGGUUACGGCUGAAGAGAUCCGCUCCUUCUCGAGGUUUGCCUCUGCUUAUGUCAACUACAUUUCGUCGAACAGGAACAGGACGAUGCUUGUGAAGAUCUAUGGCGCUUUCACGGUAAUCUCUGGAGAUGCUGUGAACCACAUUGUCCUCAUGCAGUACUUAAAACCUCCCGGGAACGUUGUCUCUCAAUACCAGCUCAAGCCGUUUGGCAGUAAGAUGGAGCCUGUCUAC